CUUUAAUCACACAGUUCCCACAGAGCUUUUAUUUUGCCUUGUUGUUUUUCUCCAGACAGGAAGAAGAUCUCGUUGGUCAGCAACAUGGCGUCAGGCAGUGGGUCUAAGAACGAUUUUAGGCGCAAGUGGGACAAAGAUGAGUAUGAACAGCUGGCACAGAAGCGUCUCACGGAGGAAAGAGAGAAAAAAGAUGGCAAACCUAUGCCACCAGUCAAGCGGGAGCUCCUCAGGCACAGAGACUACAAGGUUGAUCUGGAGUCUAAACUGGGGAAGACAAUUGUCAUCACUAAAACUACACCUCAGGCUGAGAUGGGCGGAUACUACUGCAAUGUUUGCGAUUGUGUUGUGAAAGAUUCCAUCAACUUUUUGGAUCAUAUCAAUGGCAAGAAACACCAGAGAAACCUUGGAAUGUCGAUGCGAGUGGAACGGUCCUCAUUGGAUCAGGUUAAAAAACGCUUUGAAGUAAAUAAGAAAAAAAUGGAGGAAAAACAGAAGGAGUAUGAUUUUGAGGAAAGAUUGAAGGAAUUACGAGAAGAGGAGGAAAAAGCAAAGGCAUAUAAAAAAGAGAAGCUAAAAGAAAAGAAGAGAAAAGCAGAGGAAGACCUGAAUUUUGAAGAGGAUGAUGAAAUGGCUGCUGUAAUGGGAUUCUCAGGGUUUGGGUCCUCCAAGAAGAGCCACUGAUUCCCACCUUAUACAUAUCCUUGCUUAAGCCUUUACAGUUCUUACAGAGUGGAGAACUAUUCAACUAUCAACAGACUGGAAGAACCCUUCCUUGACUGGACUACAUUGGGUUUUUUUUAUGUCAACUAUCACAAAUUCCAUGAGCAAAGACGAAAACAACAAUUAAUCAAAAUGUUUUCCACCUGUUACUUGUUUUAUUACAGAUUCAUAUUUGGAAUUAAAAUACGGGUGGAGCAGUUUGAGUUGAAUGUUGUUAGUUUGAUGCUUGUUGUAAAUAUGAUUUUUUUUAAAUUCCUCUCACUUGUCCAAUUUAUUCUGUAGAUUUUGAAAUAUAAGGAAGGGUAAAGGAAUGUGGUGUUACAAAAAUUAGUGUUUUCAUUGACACAAACUUGUCUUUCAGAUCUGCAAGAGAUGAUUGAGGGUGUAGUUGCAUCAGAAAUACCCAAGCAUAGAAUAAAGGCAAGUUUUGUGUCAGGGCUGUAUUGUGUUUUUUUUUGUUGUUUUUUUUAUCCAACUCAAACAUGUUCUUGCAAAUAAACUGUAUUAUAUUAUUUUAAAAGAAAUGUGCUUUAAUUAAAUUUUAAACAGC